CCCCCAAAUCUCCUGGGGAGAAGACUCGCUACGACACCUCCCUGGGGCUGCUCACCAAGAAAUUCAUCCGUCUGCUGAGCGAGUCCCCCGAUGGGGUCGUGGAUCUCAACAGGGCAGCUGAGGUGCUGGAGGUCCAGAAACGUCGCAUCUACGACAUCACCAACGUGCUGGAGGGCAUCCAGCUCAUCUGCAAGAAGUCCAAGAACAACAUCCAGUGGAUGGGGACGGGGCUGUUGGAGGACGUGGGGGUGACGGGGCGGCGGCAGGCGCUGCGGGGGGAGCUGGCCCAGCUGGCCAGGGCCGAGAGGACACUGGACCAGCUCCUGCAGAGCUGCGCCCUGCAGCUCCGGCACCUGGCCGACGAGGAAGCCAACCAGAGAUAUCCUUGCUGGGGGAGACGAGGAG